AACGCGUAGGAGAGAGCAUCAACCUGGCGAGCUGCUGCAAGCCCUGCGAAGCCCCCGUCAUGCUGCAACAUCUGUGCGCGUGUUUCGACUCUCGCGUAAAAUGCGCGCCGGCGCGCUAGCAUCCUGAGGCGCUGUUCAGCGUCAUCGCGGCAACGCCUUCGAAUCAGAAACUAACGUUGGCCGAGGCACGCCGUGUGAUUUCCUUCCUUUUUUUCUUUCCCCACGCCUUGGUACUUCCAGUGAAGGAUGGCUGCAGUAUCUGACGAAGGAGGAAGCGGCGAUCAUCAUUCCACCAAGUCGGCGAUGCCCUUGGGCGACGGCACGGGCUUGGUCUACGAUGAGCGCAUGGCAGAGCACCUCAGCCUGUGGGACAGCCGGCACCCGGAGUGUCCAGAACGGCUGACUGCCAGCUACCAGCGCUGUGUUGACUAUGGCUUGGUCGAGCGCUGUGUCCGCAUACCUGCUCGCAAGGCUGAGGAAGCUGAGAUCCUGGCCUCGCACGAGUCGGAACACUUGGAACAACUGAAAAAGACGCACGGAGAAACGGAUGCGGAAGCUCUGGAGGCCCUUUGUGCGCGCUUCGACUCAAUCUACAUUAACUCGAAAACGUAUGAACUCGCAUUGCUCGCUGCGGGCUGUACUAAAGACCUCGUCACAGCUGUUGUCCAGGGCAAGGUGCGGAACGGCAUGGCUCUGGUCCGUCCACCGGGUCACCACGCCAUGCGCAACGAGUACUGCGGCUACUGCUUCUUCAACAAUGUGGCCCUGGCGGCAAAGUACGCGGUUGAUGAGCUCCGGUUGAAAAGGGUUCUCAUUGUGGAUUGGGACGUGCACCAUGGCCAGGCGACUCAGUACGCCUUCUACGACGAUCCGCGGGUUCUCUACUUCUCCGUGCAUCGGUACGAACACGGCGAGUUCUGGCCCGAGUUGCGAGAGUCGGACUUCCCUUAUGUGGGCAGGGGCGCUGGUGCAGGCUACAACAUAAACGUGCCUCUCAAUCAGGUGGGCCUCGGGGACGCCGACUACCUGGCCAUCUGGCACCAGUUGCUCUUGCCCGUGGCGUACGAGUUCCAGCCAGAGUUGGUGCUGGUCUCGGCUGGCUACGACGCAGCCCUUGGAUGCCCGGAGGGUCUGAUGCGAUUGUCACCAGCUGCCUACGCUCACCUACUCCACCCGCUCAUGGCCCUGGCCGGAGGUCGCGUUUGCGUUGUGCUUGAGGGUGGCUACUGCGUAUCGUCUCUGGCCGAAGGCGUGGCGUUGACCCUACGCACACUGUUGGGGGACCCCUGCCCAGGCCUGCCUCAACCGCUUGGCCGUGUCAGCGACAGCGUGACGGAGACAUUGCUGAACUGCGUGUCGGUGCUGCGGUCCCACUGGAAGAGCCUCCAGAUCCAGGGCACCAGUGGCACGAGAAAAGCUGUUGCGGGUUCUACCGAGUACCUGCCGCGGUCCGAGUACCGGGGUCAGCUGGGCGUUCAGCGACCCGAGAAGUUCCCCACGCGCAGCGGCUACUACGAGCACCCGCCCGAGGACAAAGAACGGCUCGAGGAGGAGGUGGCGGCGCUGAGGUCCAAGACCAACCUGGACGUGCCGCCUAACCGAACAGCGCUGGUUUACGACGAGCAUAUGGCUAAACACCGUUGCCUCGACGAAAAGGGCCACCCGGAGCGACCCGAGCGCAUACUGAAGCCUUGGCACGUGAUGGAGAAGCGUGGACUGCUCAACCUUUGCGUCUUGCUUGACUCACGGUCAGCCACCGUGGACGAGUUGCUGAUGGUUCAUGAUAAGAAGUACGUGCAGAAGAUGCGUGGCUGCCAGGAGAUGAAGAACGCCGACCUGAUCAAGCUGCAGGAGAAGUACCCCUCCGUAUACCUCUGCCGUGAUACCUUCUCCAGCGCUCUCCUUGCAGCUGGCUCGUUGCUCCAGCUUGUUGAUGCUGUCUGUAAAAAUAAGUGUCAAAAUGGCAUGGCUCUAAUACGGCCUCCCGGCCACCACGCCGAGCGGGACGAAGCCGGUGGCUUCUGCAUCUUCAACAAUGUGGCCGUUGCGGCGCGGCACGCUAUUGAGACGCACGGACUGCAGCGCAUACUAAUACUGGACUGGGACGUUCACCAUGGCAACGGGACCCAGCACGCCUUCUAUGAUGAUCCCAGGGUGUUGUACCUGUCGAUCCACCGGUACGACAAUGGCUCGUUCUUCCCGUGCCUCCCGGAAGCCGACUUUGGAGCUGUUGGCAACGGUGCCGGCCGGGGAUUCAACAUCAACAUCGCCUGGAAUUCUGAGGGGAUGUCGGACGGUGACUAUCUGACUGCCUUCUUCCAACUGGUGCUGCCCGUCGCCUACGCGUACGAUCCCGAACUAGUCCUGGUGUCCAGCGGCUUCGACAGUUGCGUCGGAGAUCCGCUGGGGUACUGCCGGGUGACCGCCGAAGCGUACGCCCAGCUGACGCACCUGCUGCUACCCUUGGCUCGUGGCCGCGUCAUCCUCGCUCUCGAGGGCGGCUACAACCUCUCCAAGCUCCCUUCGGCAGUCUGCCACUGCGUCAGCGCCCUCCUGGGACUGCGGCCACCUCAGCUGCGACCUGCUGCCCCUUGUCCAAGUGCCGUCCAGUCCAUUAGGCGGACCCUGGGUGCUCACCGGAGCUACUGGCCCUGUCUCCGCUUUUCUGGUUAUGACCUGCCAUCAGAGGAGUGGCUGGCAUCCAACGGCCUCGUUCCUGACGGCGCGCUGUCAUUGGACCUGGCUGCCCUGAGCCUUGAGGACGAAGAGGGGGCACCUUUCUGCAUCCAGCCAGAGACAUGGUGCCCACACCUGGAAGCCCUCCCACCUCUGCCAGAGGCAGGCCUCAGCGAUCCCCGCAGCCCCUGCUUGACGUGCGGGGUGCGACGGGAGGUCUGGACCUGCCUCCACUGCUUCAAAGUGUACUGUAGUCGCUAUGUGAACGGCCACAUGGUGACGCACCAUGACGAAACGCAGCACCCCCUGGUGCUAAGUUACUCGGACCUGUCUGUCUGGUGCUACGACUGCAACUUCUACGUCACGAAUCCCGUCCUCCAAGCUGCCAAGGAAGAUGCCUACCUGAAGAAGUUUGGCAGUGUUGAGUUUGUUGUGUGAUUGCUGGGAC